UAUCUCCCCAGCAAACACCAUCCAGCUAGUGGUUUAGCAUCAGGCUGGCUAAGAAGCUAGCCUACUGAAACAGAAAGUGACCAUUCACAGUCUUUGUUUUAUGUGUUUUGCUUAAUUUACCUGAAAUUUUCAGCAGUAUAAGGAACUAAAUCGACGGCCCGGUCGAAGAUGCAGUUCAUGCUGCUGUUCAGCCGGCAGGGAAAGCUGCGGUUGCAGAAAUGGUAUGUGCCUCUGUCUGACAAAGAGAGGAAGAAGAUCUCCAGAGACUUGGUCCAGACGAUACUGGCCAGGAAGCCCAAGAUGUGCAGCUUCUUGGAGUGGAGGGACCUCAAGAUCGUGUACAAAAGAUAUGCGAGCCUGUAUUUCUGCUGUGCAGUCGAGGAUCAGGAUAAUGAGCUGAUCACCCUGGAGAUCAUCCACAGAUAUGUGGAGCUGCUGGACAAAUAUUUUGGCAGUGUGUGUGAACUGGAUAUUAUCUUCAACUUUGAGAAGGCCUAUUUUAUCCUGGACGAGUUUCUGCUCGGCGGAGAGGCCCAGGAGACGUCCAAGAAGAACGUGCUGAAAGCCAUCGAGCAAGCUGACCUGCUGCAGGAGGAGGCUGAGGCACCACGGAGCGUCUUAGAAGAAAUUGGGCUCACAUAAACCAUCUUUCUGCUGCUGCUGCUCUGCAGUUCUUCCCCCCAGAUUCACAUCUGGAAAUGUCCAUGUCUCUAUCGUGUCUUCUCCCGAUUGUGUCAGUGUUGUAUGUAUAAAAUCACCUCCCUUGUACUGUGUUUCUCUGUACUGUACUAUCCCGUUAUGUGCUUUGAAUGUGGUGCCAACUGUGGUUUGAUGUGUUCCCCAUGUACAAGUUCCCUCACUGUAGUAUCCUGUACUAUUGGCAGACAUGACUCCCUUCAUUU